AUGUUGUCUUCCUUCCAAGGAGAGCAGGGGGGAGCUGGGAACAGCCGGAAAACCACGAUCUGUGUGGAGGGGAACAUCGCCAGUGGGAAGACUACCUGUCUGGAGUAUUUCAGCAAAACAAGCAAUAUCCAGAGCCGGUGUCUAAGUGGAGGAAUGUGCGCGGACACAACCCUCUGUGGGAAAAUGCCAGAGGUGGACUACGCUGUUCUGAGCGAGUGGUUUGACUGGAUCACUACAAACAUCUCCAUCCCCGUGGACCUGAUUGUCUACCUGCAGACGUCUCCUCAGACCUGCCACCAGCGUCUGAAGCAGAGAUGCAGGGAGGAGGAGAAAGUUAUCCCCCUGGUGAUUCCGGCGGACCAGGACCUGCAGGAGAUGCUCCAGAAGUACGAGGAGAACCGGGACAGGAUCCUCACAGCCCGCAGUAGGGACCAGAAACAGAACCCCUGA